CACACUCGGAAGUGUGGCUGUACUUUGAGUUAUAUAACUUGAAACUGAAACUCAUGUCAUGUCAGUAUGUUAUUAUCACUACUGGAUUGAAGACGAAGUCUUUGCCUUGAACUAAAUCUUUAGACGUUGCUUUAUGUAGAAUGUGACUGCCUACAACUUUGAUAAUUAGCUGACAGACUGUUCCAUGAGGCAAAAUGGAUUUUGUUGAGGAAACGAAAACUGAAGUCAAAGAAGAAGUCAUUUCCCCGGCCUGGGAGAACCUGAAAAGUCAUGUCCAGAGUGUAAAUGAACAAUUCCAGUUGGAGGUGAAGUUCGAGUCUUUGAAGUCUUUCGCUUCGGCCCAUCCCUGGGUUACCCUGUGUCUUGCGUUUACCUUGGCGUUUUGCAGUGUUCCCGUAGCAGUUUUUGUGUGCUUCGCUGUUGGAAGUGUGUUGGCUACCUUAAUUGGAUUUGUUAUAUUUGAAGGUACCCUUCUUGCAGUUGGAGCAAUAUUGCUGGGUUGCACUGUGUGUUUCACGACACUGAUUUCCAUUGGCCUGACCUUCUUCCUGGUCACCAGCUGGAUAGCAUUCAAUGCCACACUCGGGGUGUUACAGGCACUGAGGGAGUAUAUCAAGGAAAAUGCAUGAAUCUCUGGAGGAGUGGAAAGUGAUAUUGAAAUAAUUCUAAGGGGGCAUGUAAUAUUCUAGCUUAUCUCAAGAGGAGAAUGAUAUAAAUGGUUGUUUUUGUUUUUGUCACAAACUGUAAGAAUAUAAUUUUGUGUCAAAGAUAUUUGAUCUUAAUUAUUUACUAAACAAAUGAAACCUUUUUUAAAUAUCUUUAAGUUACUGCUCUCUUUCUGUUGUAACAGUUGUAAAAACGAAAUGAGAUAAUUAUACAACAAAAACCUGUUAAUGUAUUUUAUUCAUUGAAAAGAAUAUGUGUGUGUAACACAUUUCAAAAAAUUAUUUGCCCUGCUCCAGCAAAAUCUUUUCAGAAACUUUUACAGUGGUGCUCAAUUUGCAUGGAUAAAUAAGUACAAGUUGCACAAAUAUGAAUGAAAAACCCUCCACUUAAUCAAGCAUAGUUCACCAUGAUGUGGAUGCAAUUCCUUGCAACUGAACUGAGGAAUAUGCUCAUGAACGUUUCUGAAAAAAAAAAGUUUGCAGAAGCUUUUUCAUCAGGGUGAAGGAUUCUUUAUGAAUAGAAUAUAUUUUUGUAUUGUUAUAACCUUCUUAAUUAGUAUGUACUACAUUUCAGGAUUCUGAGUUUUAUAUCUUAGAAGACAUUGAAUUUUGUAGUUGCAAGUAAUAGAUGUAGUACUCGCACAGUAUUAUUGAGAAGCACUCAUCAGUGGUCUUUAUUCAUCUAUGUGAAGUCUUUUGGGGGAAUAAGGUAUUAUAUACACAUGAAGGGGAAAAAUGAACUGACAAUAUUAUGAGAUGCAGCAGUUAUAGUGCUACGUAUAUAUUUUGUGUUCUCAUUUAAGGCAUAGAAUAUCUCCACAAGUUAUCAAGAAGGCUGGUUGCAAAUAAAAAUGUUUUUAAAAUGU